GUGGCCGGACUCCGUUUCAUUUAGUUCCCGUCGCGCAGUUGUCUUGAGUAGACACCCAUAAAAUGCAGAAGCCCGCGCAAACUAAUCUCGAAACGCAAAACAAUCCCGAAGCUGGGGGAGAGACAAAUAUAAAGCGAUUCCCCCGGGAGCUGAUAUUUCUAUGUGUGUUUCUGCUGAUGACGGUGGCACUGGCUGCUGGUUACUCCUAUUGGAUGAUGGCCCAUGCCCCAAUGAACUCGAAUAAAAAUCUGCACAUAUUGGACCGCAGCGAGUGGCAGGGGGAACCACCGAGCUCCAAGCCCGAACACCUCAAGCUGCCCAUUUCCAAUGUAAUUAUCAGUCACACAGCCACCGAGGGAUGCGAAACAGAAGAAAUUUGCAUCUAUCGCAUGCAGACCAUUCAGGGCUUUCACAUGAAAUCCCUCGGCUGGCUGGACAUUGGCUACAACUUUCUGGUGGGCGGCGAUGGGCAGAUCUAUGUGGGACGUGGCUGGCAUCAUCAGGGACAGCAUGUGCGCGGCUAUAAUGCGGUGUCCAUCAGCAUUGCCUUCAUUGGCACCUUCGUGAAUGUGGAGCCGCCAGUGCGGCAGGUGGAGGCGGCCAAGCGGCUGAUGACCGAGGGUGUGCGCCUGCACAAGCUGCAUCCGGACUAUCACAUCUUCGCACAUCGCCAGCUCAGUCCCACGGAGAGUCCCGGCCAGAGGCUCUUCGAGUUGAUCAAGCACUGGCCACGCUGGACACAGGAUGUGACGGAAUUGCGCCUGCUGGGAAACGCCACACUGAAGUUUGUGACACGCGCCUACUGGCUGGCACAGCCAGCGGGCCGGGCUUUGCCUUCUCUCCAGCUGCCCGUGGAGAGCGUACGCUUUGAGUCCACUGUUUCACCCGCUUGCAGCACCCAAGCUGAAUGCGUUUUUCGUGUGCGACUGCUGCAAACGUUUCACAUCGAGAGCAGCGGCUACACGGACAUCAAUUACAACUUUGUGAUUGCCGGCGACACAAACAUCUACGAGGGCAGGGGCUGGGAUCAAAGUUGCGAGUCAGAACAGGAUCACAAUGCUACCACGAAUGAGCUAGUGGUGGGCUUUGUGGGUGCCACAGCGAGCAAUAAAAAGCUGGCACUGGAACUCAUACAACAAGGCAUCAAAUGGGGUCACAUUAGCAAGAACUAUACGCUGACAGACAAUGCAACAUAAAAGAAGGGAAGUAGGCGAAACAGGCAGGGAAUACCAGUGCCAUUUAUCAAGUGAUACUAGAUCUAAGAACCUCUCGUACUUAUUAU